GACGUGGCUUAGCGGCGGUUCUGCCAUAUUGAACCGCAGACAGACUGACUGACUGACUGCUGCACAGAAAUACCUGAUUUAUUUGGUCACGACGGUUCUUUUAACAGGAAGACGGUUGCCGAAAGCGUAACGGCGUAGAGUAUUACAGACACUAAUCAUGGUGCUGUUGGCUGCAGCAGUGUGCACCAAGGCUGGAAAAGCUCUGGUGUCACGGCAGUUUGUGGAGAUGACACGGACACGUGUGGAGGGUCUUCUAGCUGCCUUCCCCAAGCUGAUGAACACGGGCAAGCAGCACACGUUUGUGGAGACAGAGAGCGUGCGCUAUGUCUACCAGCCUCUGGAGAAGCUCUAUAUGGUGCUGGUCACCACCAAGAACAGCAACAUCCUGGAGGACCUGGAGACUCUUCGCCUUUUCUCACGUGUGAUUCCGGAAUACUGCCGUGUGCUGGAGGAAAGCGAGAUCUCGGAGCACUGCUUCGACCUCAUCUUUGCCUUCGACGAGAUUGUCGCCCUUGGUUACAGAGAGAACGUCAAUCUGGCCCAGAUCAGAACGUUCACCGAGAUGGACUCGCAUGAGGAGAAGGUGUUCCGUGCUGUUCGAGAGACCCAGGAGCGGGAGGCAAAGGCUGAAAUGAGGCGGAAAGCAAAAGAGCUGCAGCAGGCACGGAGGGACGCCGAGCGCGGGAAGAAAUCUCCAGGUUUCGGUGGAUUCGGCAGCAGCAGUAGCAGCAGCAGCACAGCCAUCAUCACAGACACACUGGUUGAACCGGAGAAACCCAAACCUGCUCCAGCACCCACCAGGCCUAGCGGUCCCAGCAGAGCCCUCAAACUCGGGGCCAGGGGCAAAGAGGUGGACGACUUUGUGGAUAAAUUGAAGUCGGAGGGUGAGAACAUUAUCCUGUCUGGCACUGGGAAAAAACCCUCUGAGGUCUCUAAAUCUCUGCCGGCUCCUACUAACACAGAGAGUGUGCACCUUCGGAUAGAGGAAAAGAUCUCGCUGACGUGUGGUCGUGAUGGAGGGCUGCAGAACAUGGAGAUACUGGGCAUGAUCACUCUGCGGGUCUCAGACGACAAGAACGGCCGAAUCAGACUGCUCAUCAACAACGGGGAUAAGAGAGGGGUCCAGUUACAGACCCACCCCAACGUGGAUAAGAAGCUGUUCACAGCAGAGUCAUUAAUCGGCCUGAAGAACCCAGAGAAGUCGUUCCCCUUGAACAAUGAUGUGGGAGUGCUGAAGUGGAGACUCCAGACCACAGACGAGUCCCUUAUACCGCUAACAAUAAACUGCUGGCCCUCAGAGAGUGGAUCUAGCUGUGAUGUUAACAUUGAGUAUGAACUGCAAGAGGAAUCGCUGGAGCUUAAUGAUGUCGUCAUCUCAAUCCCCAUACCGUCGGGUGUGGGCGCGCCUGUGAUUGGUGACCUGGAUGGAGAAUAUCGGCACGACAGCAGACGGAACGUUCUGGAGUGGUGUCUGCCCGUGGUGGACAUGAAGAACAAGACCGGCAGUCUGGAGUUCAGCAUAGCCGGCCAGCCAAAUGACUUUUUUCCCGUCAAUGUAUCGUUUGUCUCUAAAGGGAGCUACUGUGACAUUCAGGUCAGUAAAGUGUCUCAGGUGGACGGGAGCAGUCCGGUGCGGUUCUCCACAGAAACCUCUUUCGUGGUCGACAAGUACGAAAUCCUCUAAGGAAGCAACUCGUCCACAAUAACUCCGAGACCAGCUUGAGAGAACAUCAGACCAGUGGACUGACUGUAAUAUAAACACAGUAUGCGCUAGAGAGAGAAAGAUAGAGCAUGAAAAAAUUGUUUUUGUUUUUGCCUUCAGCAGUACUUCAACAGGACUUGAAUCUUUUCCUCCCCACUUUCCAAAAAAACAAAACUUUUCCUCAUGGCUGGCAGUGUUCUGCUUUUAUUUGUAUCUUUAUACAAAACUAAAUCGUUCUAUGAAGGGAUUUGGUUUGAACAAGAAAGACAGUCAAAACCAGUUAGUUCCAGACCACAUGGCACAUGACACAGAAGAAGAAUUUCUACAAAUCCACCAUGUCUUUUCUGCGGUGUAUAGAUUAUGGAGUUUUACUGAAGGUUAAUAUAAUUUAGCAUUAAGGGGUUAAUUAGCCAGUAUCACAUUUUCUACUUAAACCUGCGUACAUUAUUUUCGGUCCUGGGAUUCUGCUCCGUCUGAAAUCCCUGCACUGUUAUCUUUUCCUGUCCUCGACUGAGACACCAUUGUCCUAUCUACUCCUCUCCUGCAUUGGCAGGACCACAUGCUAUGAAACGGACCACAUGCUAUGAAACGGACCUCAUUUCAUGUGUCUGUGUAUGUGAUAAACCCCCCUCCCCCUAUUGUAUCCUCCUUUUUGCUGGACUUUUUUUUUUUUUUUUUUUUUAAUCUUUCUCUCGCAUCUGCUGUGAAGUGGCCUGCUGCACAAGUCUACACUUGUAUCUGGUUCAUCUGCAUUAUCGCCUUUGCUUUUCUUUUUUUUUUUCCCCAUGCAAUCUGCAAGUCAGUGACAUGUCGGAUCGCACCGAAACCCGUUUCGAGGUCAGCUUUGCGAUAAUUCAGUGAGUGUGCUUCUAUGCGUCGUUAUCAACGUCCAGACUCACACACAGAACUCCUGAAACGGACUUUCUGCGCUGGUCUUGUUUAUAGAGUGCAAUACAUACAGUUGUGGGGUUUGGGGCCGCGUUUACCUGCAACUUAAAACGAAGAGGGUCUGUAGGUUUGGUGACGGUUUCAGUUUCGCCAUGAUGUAACGUUUGAUUUGAAGUUUUAGCAUUAAAGGUCCUUGAAGGAUUACAGAACAACUACCUUAAUGUUUCAACCUUUGUUGAGUCAGUCAUGAGCAACGCAGCACGUUCUCCAGUGCAGCUUGACAUGCUGCGAGCAGAGUGUAUGAGUUUUUUUUGCUCAGUAGGGAUUUUAGGAGCUUGUUAGAGGAACAGUUUGGUCAUGAGGAGAAAUGACACCAAUUGCCUGCUACCCCAUGUCAGAUGAGACUACAGCAGCUCAGUGGUGAUUAAAAGUCUGUCACCCCAUCAGGCGCUUCCGUUAUUUCUUAGGUAACUUUUCAACGCCAGAUUCUCACGUCUUCGCCGAUUCAUUUCGUUUGAGGUAAAAAGAAAAUCGUGUACAUUUCACUCCUGGCUAAACUGUUCCUUUAAGGCUUUGCAUUAGUAAAAACACUUGAAACUCUCUGUAUUCAUGCCUUGACUCUCUCCAUUGCUCCGAGAAAAGAAAGAAGAAAGACAUCCAAGUUUAUUGUUA